AUGUCUCCACUAUACAAUAUUGCAAUAUUUUUCUUAUGGGCCAUUACGCUUCUAGUGGGCACCAGUCAGGCUGGUGUUAUUGGCCACUAUGACGGCAAAGGUGUUGAAUCUCAUGAUUUUAGCGAUGAUUUAGCCAAGAGUGCCUCGGCCCAAUACGAGUCCUUGGGUUCGUUGGGCGAUCAUUUGGAUGAAUCACAUUUUCCCACAGACUUUGGCGAAAGUCAUCAUCAGGGAAAUGAAUAUGCUGAGGGUAGUGAACACAUCGAGUACGGUGCCCCCUCGUCCUAUGAUCAUGAAUUCCAUCAGCCACAACAUUUUGAAUAUAGUGAACAUCAAUUCCAUAGUGGGCUACAUGAUUUCGAGACAAAACCAGUGCCUGGCAUUGAUCAUGGCAAGGGAGCUCUUAGCUAUAGUACUACCUAUGAAUUUCCAAAGGAUAAUAAACCAUAA